AUGACAUCUAUUGAUAAUGGAAUAUCAGCUUCUGCUGUAACUAAUGCACUUAUUUUACCUAAUAUAAUCUAUCCUGUUAUUGAACAACUUGAUAAAUCUGGAUAUAAAGAUAUUCAAAGUGAAUUACGUAGAAAAUUUUAUCAACUUGAAGAAUAUUAUCCAGGUUUUUCUCAUCAAUUUCUUCAAUCAUUUAUACAUAAACAAAUGCCAUCAUCAACAACAAAUAUGAAUGAAUUAACACUUAAAUUAGAAAAAUAUUGUGAUAAAUCAUCAUAUUUUAUUUCAUCAUCACGAAGUGAACCAGAAUUUCAUGAAUUAAAUAUUCGUUCAAAAAAUCUCAAACGUAUAUUAAGUCGUAUUCCAGAUGAUAUCAAUGAAAAACGUGAAUUUCUCGAAACAAUUAAAGAAAUUGCAAGUGCAAUUAAAAAAACACUUGAUAGUGUAACAAAUACAUAUCAAUAUUUUAAAACAUCUGAUGGAAGACAAGCAUUAGAGAAUGAAAAAAAAGAAUUUAUUAAAUACAGUAAAAAUUUUAGUAAUACAUUAAAAGCAUAUUUUCGUGAUAAUAAACGUGAUGAUGUUUAUAUCGCAGCAAAUCAUUUACUUGUUCAAACUGAUUAUUUAUUACGUACUAUAAAACUUUAUUGUGAAACAGAUGCAUUGGAUGAAUGUUUAUAUCCUUUAAUAUCUCAACAACAACAAAAUUCAAAUCGAAUCAUUCCAACAUCACGUUAUUCAUCAAAUAAUAGUCGGCAAUCAUCAUCAUCAUCUUCAGGAAAUAAUCGACCAAUAUCUUCAUACGAAAUCAAUUAUACUUAA